GGUCUACAUUUGGCAACGCUGAUUCAGGAACCGAUUCAACUCCCGCGUUGGAAGUUCCCGGAUGUAGUCUUGCGCAUGCGUCAACGUGCAUUUAAGGCGGAAAGCGUAAUAUCGCUAUAGUAGUGUGAAAGUUAUUUUUUAAAGUCAAGUAUAUCCACUUUUAAGCUUUUUUAACAGAAUGUCAGAAAAACCCAAAGAUGAAAAGGUUGCAGAAGAUGGAGAGGAGGAGGAAGCUGAAGAGGAAGAAUUUACAGUGGAAAAGGUGGUAGAUUCAAGGAUGAGAGGUGGAAAAAAAGAAUACCUUUUAAAGUGGAAAGGUUAUCCAGAUUCAGAAAACACAUGGGAACCUGAGGAAAAUUUAGAUUGUCCAGACUUGAUAGCUGCUUUUGAAGAAAAGAAAAAGAAAAAAGAAUCAGAGAAAGGUGCCAAGAGGAAAUCAACAUCCAACGGAGCAAAAGAAGAUCCUAAAAAGAAGCUGAAAAAAGAAGACUCUGACAACAAACCUAGAGGUUUUGAUAGGGGUUUGGCUCCUGAGCGUAUUAUAGGUGCUACAGACAGCAGUGGAGAGCUUAUGUUUCUCAUGAAGUGGAAAGAUUCAGAUGAGGCAGAUCUAGUACCCGCCAGACAAGCAAAUGUAAAAUGCCCUCAAAUUGUCAUAGCAUUUUAUGAGGAGAGGCUUACGUGGCACACACACAAUGAUAACGACGAUGAUGACAAAAAAGGAGACUGAAUGAUUAAUUUAACUAUUUUAUUUGUAGUAUUCACAUCAUUUAGUGUUGUUGUCUGUCAUUUGGAAAGUUAAGGCAUUCAUUUUUAACACAUUUUUCUUUGACCAUCUGUUACAUGUAGUAGAGUCAAUUUAUAUUUUUAUUCCAUUGCUAAUUUAGUGGAUGAAUCUCUACAGAAAAAUUAUUUGUGGCUUUCUCUUGUCUCUCUCCCCCUUCCCCCAAGUCAAAACAAAAAUUGCUGAAAACUCUUAGCCAUUUUUUCCCUGUAAAUCUAUGAAAUGUUGUUUUAUAUUUCAAUAAAUUUUUUUGUUUCAAAUUGUGUAAACUUUUUGUUUUUAAAUGAAGUCUGAUGGUACUCAUUGGUUUCUCCCGUUAACAAAACUUGCUUUAUGUCCAGGUGCAUCACUGCCUGUUGGUCAUGUAUUUUAUUUUUAGUUUUGUUUAGAGAGAUGUCAAAGUUGCAGUAUGUAUUAUCAGUACUUUCCUCAUAUGAAUAUAAUGUACAUUUUUAUGAAAGAAAAAAACAUUUAAUAAUUGCAUACUUAAAACUGGUGUAUUUGUGUGUUCAUGGAUGAAUCUGUUUUAUUGAGUUGACAGUGUCAUCCCUUUUUUUUUUUUUUUUUUUUUUUUGCCACUCCUAAUUUGUUUCUAGUUGACAUAGUCAUCUGUGUGUGUUUAGCUAACCACUCUUGAUGUGUCAUUUAUCCUCCCAAACAAAAACAGUAAACAUUCUAGUUUUUAUGUUAAACGGUUGUAUUUUUAGUGGAUAUAAUGAAAAAGUAGGUUCAUUUCAAGGAAACUCAUGCUCUUCACUGUUCAAGCAUUAGCUAAUGAUAGUUCUCAGUACAGCUGAUAUAAAUGCAUUACAUACCAACUUUUUUUUUUAUUAAUUCUUCCACUUUGUACAAGUUAUUUUUGAAGUUUCAAGCAAAAUGUGUUUUUAAGAAAGAAAACAUCUUGUAAACUUGAUAAACAUUAGUUUAGGUAACAGGAUUGUAUUUGAAUUAUUUACUACUUUCAGUGUUAAUUGUUAGGCUGCAGUAGUUCAUGUCAGUAGUAGUGACAACCUUACAAAUAAUACCUUCAUUGUGUACAUAUCUCCAUGCCCCCCCCCCCCCCCCCCCCCCCUCAUCAUGUGUUGUUGUUUUUUUAUCUGGUUUAUUAUACGACCAUGAGUUAUGAAUAUUUUUAUCAUCAAACAUCCUUUUCAUUGAUGACCACUGCAAAAUGAGCGACAUUUAAUUUAGACUCGAAUACUGUUUAUUUUAUUUUGUAUUAAUGUCUUGAAAUAAAUGAACGAAGUAAA